UACCAUUUUUGAAUAAUUUAUAUGUUUAGUGUAUUUUUUAAAUGCAUGUCUGUUUUUCUAUCAAUCCUUUACAGUCACGUUCGUGACGAACGUGUUCCUGGUUUAGGGCGUGGCAUUUUGUUUAAAAGGAGAUAGAUUCCUCUUGCAGAGAUCCAAGUAGAUACAUAUUUGUUAAAUGGAUCGUUGGUGCCAUCGUACGGAAGCUGCAAAGAAUAGAAUUCUGAUUUCUCUUGAAAAGAAUAGGAAGUCACCCGUAUAAGCCAGCUAGCAGCUGCCAGCUACCACCAGUGGCCUCUGUCAGAGGCCUUGAACAGUUGAAUGCAGGUGCUUGAGCGCUUGAGCUUCGACUAGGUUAAAAAUAAGCAAUAGGAAAAAUAAAAAAGCCUUCCAUAGUUCUAUAAUUUUUACGAUUUUCGAAAUUAUGCUAGAAAGUGACUCGGUGAUUUGCAAAGAGAGUAAGAGGAGAUAGGAGUAAGAGAGGAAACGUAAUUAAAGUGGAGAAAGAAGAGAAAAAAGAAAGAGGAUACUCACAAGAAGAAACAAAGGAAGGAACAUUGAUAUUAUGGUGAAUUGAUAAAAUGAGUAGUAAACGGCAUCUUGAAUAUAGAUUGAAAAUGUUGAAUAAUAAUUGAAAUUCUUCAAUGUGAGAGAAUUGAAGGGACAUGUCACCCUGAUAUCUGUUCAAGAAAAAGUCUAACGGAGCAACACUCAACAUGCCGACAGUGGUGAAUUCAUCCCUUACAUAUGAAAUUCUUAUGUAUCUAAAUUCAUUCUAUUUUGGAAUGUUUGCCAUAUGUGAACUGGGCAUGAAUUGUGUCAAAGCUGCAAAACUAGAAUCACCAUGUCUUGGAAGGAUGCAUUUGGAGUUUGCGUUGUUGCUGUUCCUGAUAGCUACUGAGGGUGGCAGGAUCUACCUUGGGAGAAAAGGAAAUUUGACUGAACAUGGCCUUCCAAUUCUGUUAGGAAUUGUGUUAUCGGUUCCUAGUUCGUUAGCAACAUUGUACUUCCUAUUCUGGCAGUGUCGUGUUCUUAGACUGGAGAUGAUUCUUUGUAGUAUUCAAUUGGUGGUAUUGGCCUCUGAACUUAUUAUCUCCAUAAUGUGCCUUAUUGCUUUCUAUCGUCCUCCUUCUCCUGAAGAAUGA